AUGGGUGGGACAAAGCUCGACUCAGAGCAUGGUACAAAUGAUUGGGCCUUUGCAUGUCCCGGCCCGAUUCUAUCGGCUAACAUUACUGUCACAAUCCAGGAUGAUUAUCGUACCAAAUCUCGCACAGUUUCGAUGGAAUGGGCACAAACAAUACGGUGGUGGAGGAUUUACCCUGGUGGUGUAAAUCGAUGGGGUGAGAGUUGGCCACACCCCCCAGUACCCGGGUACGAUCCGCCCAAAUUGGAGGAUCCGGGGGCUAUGAGCAUCUACUCUGAAGGUUUCCAUGUCAUUGCGUCUCAAGAGCUGCCUGGAUAUGAUGUAGCUGAAUGA